AUGGAAAAUUCUCUUGUCUCAAUACGAUUAAUAGUAUAUUUGAGUGAUAAUCCAUGGGAUUGUGGCUGUUUAAUCAAUGAGCUAAAGAAGCAUAUCUUGGAGCGAUACAAUUAUCGUUGGACUUUACGAUAUGAUAAUAUUCGAUGUUCUACACCGUUACAGUUGAAAGAUACUGCUGUUUUGCACCUAAACCACAUUUCCGAUUGUGCGAUAUUAUUCGGUGCUCGUUAUGGUUUAUCGCAAUUUAGUGAAAUCACGAUUCUAUUCAUUUUACUUGUCAGUAUUGCAAUUAUUGCUUCAUUAUUUAUCUUUUUCAUCUACUAUCGUCGUGAACAUAAAUUAAAGUCGAAACCAAAAUAUGGCGACAUUCUUGAAUCGCAAUCACGAAUUGCACUAACACUAUCGCAGCAUCUUAGCGGUUCACCAAGUUCAGCGACUGAACCACUUACACCACCAUUGGAAUCGCCUCUUUCAGGAAUUUCGACAAAAAUUCCACCGCCUCCACCACCGCCAAUAAUUGCUAACUUUUAG